AUGAACGCGUCGACGCCGGUCCUGCUGGUCCUGGUGGCGCUCUGGUAUGGCUCGAGCGCCGCCUGCACUACGACCUCCAAGCAGCUGCUUGCGCUGCUCUCGCCGCAGCACUGCGCGCUGCAGCUGACGAGUGUGCAGUUCGGCGUUGCGAUGCUCGCUGCGGCAGUGGUAAGCUUCUGCUCCGGCAAGAUGCCGCUGCUGCCGUACUGCGUCUGGCCUCUCGCCGGCGCCAUCGCCCUCUCCUACACGGCGGGCUUCGUGCUGCUCAACCUGUCGCUGCUCUACAUCCACGCCUCGCUUGCGGAGACUGUGCGCGGGCUCGAGCCGCUCUGCUCCGCCGCCAUCGCUUGCGCCCUUGGCGUGCGGGGGGGGCGGCUGAGCGCCAGGGCGCUGCUCGCCCUCGUGGCGCUGGUGGUCGGCGGCACGCUAUCUGCCCUCUCCCAGCCCGCCUCCGAGCGAAGCGAAGGCUUCUACCUCGGCCUGCUGCUCGCCAACGGCGCGAACCUCGCCUUCGCCUUCCGCGGCACACUAACCACCGCCGCGCAGGACUUGCUCGCCGCAGAGAACGAGCGCCCGCUCGACGCCAACGCCAUCUUUCUCUACCAGCACGCGAUGGGCUUCGCCGCGACGGUCCUCCUCUCGGUCGGCGCGGGCGGCUACCCGUCACGCCUCGUCUCGGGCGAGUCGCGCGAGGUUGUGAUGCUCCUCGCUUCGUCGGCGAGCGCCUUCUUCGCGUACAACCGCCUCUCGCUCGCAGUCCUGCUCCGGCUCAACGCUGUCUCGCACUCGGUGUGCAACGCGCUGCGCCGCGCCGUGACCGUCGCCGCGGCGACACUCAUCUUUGGGAACGCCGUCACGCUCCUCUCUCUCACCGCAAUCGGGCUAGUCGUCGGCGGCUCGGGAGGCUACGCCCUCGCCGUCGCCGCCGACAAGGCGGCGGCUGCGCGGGGCAAGGAGGCGCGCGCGCGCAUCAGCGCGUACCCCUCCGAGACGGAGGUGGAGGAAAGCUAG